AUUUGCUCUUCGAAAACUCCGGAAGAGUUUCCUCCUCGCCAGAAAGGCGGAUGUGAGGUCACGGCAUCGGCUGCUUCCCUCCACGUCGACCAGUCCCCAUGGAUGACCUGACCCGAGCCCUCUCGGCCAGCUUUGCUGUGUCCAAGGAGCCCAACAGUACGGCCGCGCCGCACCCUCGGCUGUCCCAGUACAAGAGCAAGUACAGCGUGCUGGAGCAGAGCGAGCGUCGCCGGCGCUUCCUUGAGCUGCAGAAGAUUAAAAGGUUAAACUACGUCGACCACGUGCGGCGUCUGGCCAAUGGCGACUGGGCGGGGGCGGACGGCGAUGGGGAGCAGGACAUGGACAAGCAGGAGGAGGACGAAGAGGAGAAGGGGAAACAGCAGCCAGAUGACAAAGCCGAAGAAGAGGAGAUGGAGAUUGAGAGAAGAAAGCUACCAAAGCAUUACGCCAACCAGCUUAUGCUGUCAGAGUGGUUGGUGGACGUCCCAGCAGAGCUGGACUCGGAUUGGCUGAUGGUGGUCUGUCCAGUGGGCAAAAGAUCCCUCAUUAUUGCCUCCAAGGGGUCGACUGCGGCCUACACAAAAAGUGGCUACUGCGUGAACCGGUUCCCCUCCCUGCUGCCCGGUGGGAACCGCCACAACUCGGCCAUGGGAAAAGAUUACACCAUCCUGGACUGCAUUUACAGCGAGGUGGAUCGGACCUUCUACAUCUUGGACGUCAUGUGCUGGAGAGGCCACCCGGUCUACGACUGCCCGACCGAUUUCCGUUUCUACUGGCUCCAGUCCAAAGUGCAGGAGACGGACGGCCUGACCGAGAUUGCCAAACGCAACCCCUUCCGUUUCGUGAGCCUCCAGAGCAGCGAGUGCACGGCGGAGUCCAUCCAGAAAGCCCUGGCGGCCGACUACAGCUUCAGCGUGGACGGUCUUCUGUUCUACCACCGGCAGACUCACUACACGCCCGGCAGCACCCCGCUGGUGGGCUGGCUGCGACCCUACAUGGUGUCCGACAUCCUGGGCGUGGAGGUGCCCCACGGACCCCUGACCGCCAAGCCCGAAUACGCCCGCCACCAGCUGCAGCAGAUCCGGGAGCACAAAAAGACCUCCGGCGAGGUGCGGCCGGCCAGCCGGGAUGGCGGCUACGAGCUGGAGCACCUGUCCACGCCCGCCCAAGACAACGGCCACAACCAGAGACACAUCCAGGAAGCGCAAAUGGAGGACUUGAUGUGAUUGCUAGAUAAUCGCUGACUCACCUGCGCUCCACUCCUUUUAUUUAGAACCUCUUCCAGAAAACCUCUCCUACAAAUCCAGGCUAAUUUUAAUCAGGCGCCAGCCAGGAUGACCUCUGGGUGCGCAGAAGUGUUCGAUUCAUCUUCCUUGAUCGUUCGGGUUGAACGUGAUGGGGAAUUUCUGGGAAUAUCCUUGAAUGUAAACAAUUUGUACAGUCAUAAGACUGCCGUGCAAAAUAAUCCAAUUUCAAAGAAUGACAUUACAACAGAUGUAUCAGCGAGUAGGAGUUUUACGUGUUUUAUCGAGCAGUCAGUUCUUUCAUUCAAUGACAAAGAUGUGGAUGGUGAGCUAAACAUUACUCAUCGCCCCGAGCCAACCCAUUUCAAAGAGAAUAAAAAUACACCACCAUCCCGAAAUGUCCCACAGAAAAUGUUUGAUGAAAGUAGCCCCUCUCUUCGGUGGCCCUGAAGUGCAAAAAAAAACAAAUAGCCAAACUAAGCAACAAAUAUUUAACGCAACUGCAAAAAAAGAAAAAUUUUAACUGACAAAUGGCGAAACACCCAAAAAAUAAACGCAAGAGCAAAUGAAAACUUAGAGCCAACCUUCAAUUCGAUAAAUUCCUGGUUACUGAGUAAUUCAUUUCGCUUAAUUUCCAUUCAUUUCUGCAGAACACUUACGACUUGAAAAAUCCUGGAAUUUUGAAACCCUGUUUGCCGGGUUACUUUGAUCAAACAACACAAGU